AUGCAAUUUCGGAACCCAACAGAAGAAACAGCACUACCAACCUAUCGCAUCAUGGACGCCGAUGGGAAAAUUGUGGACAACACAAGAGAUCCCCAAUCUGCAUCUGAUGAGGAGAUAAUUGGCUGGUACAAAAACAUGCUGACUGUCAGCGUACUGGAUUUAAUCAUGUUCGAUGCUCAAAGGCAAGGUCGAACGAGUUUUUACAUGGUAUCAGCUGGAGAAGAAGGAGUGGCAGUCGGAUCAGCAUCGGCACUUACUCCCGACGAUGUCUGCUUUCUCCAGUAUCGCGAACAGGGAGUCCUGAUUCAGCGAGGAUUCACUCUCAAAGAAAUGAUGAGUCAAUUAUUUGCAAACAAGGACGACCAUGGCAAGGGGCGAAACAUGCCAGUACAUUACGGCAGCGGCAAACUCAAUGUGCAUACAAUAUCGAGCCCUUUGGCAACACAAAUUCCGCAAGCUUCAGGUGCUGCUUAUGCGCUCAAAAUGCAACGUCUAAUCAACCCCAACACGCCGGAGAGAGUCGUGGCAUGCUAUUUUGGUGAGGGUGCUGCAAGUGAAGGAGACUUCCACGCCGCCUUAAACAUGGCAGCCACCAAAUCUUGUCCUAUAGUGUUUGUGUGCCGCAACAAUGGCUUUGCUAUCUCAACAGCCAGUAUCGAACAGUACAAAGGAGAUGGCAUUGCCAGCCGAGGACUCGGUUAUGGAAUUGACACCAUUCGUGUUGAUGGAAAUGACAUCUUUGCUGUACGCGAAGUCAUGCGCGAAGCAAGAAAACUUGCACUGAGUGGAGAGUGCAGGCCAGUACUGGUCGAGGCAAUGACAUACCGAGUCAGUCAUCACAGUACCAGUGAUGACAGCUUUGCUUAUCGCGCCAAACGAGAGGUGGAGGAAUGGAGAAGAAGAGACAACCCCAUCACACGUCUACGAAAGUGGAUGGAGAACAAGGGUAUCUGGGAUGAAGAUAAAGAGAAGGAGGCACGUGCAGCAAUUCGUAAGCAAGUGCUGCAAGAAUUUUCAGCUGCAGAGAAGGUUAAGAAGUCUCCUCUUCGAGCCAUGUUUGAAGACGUGUAUGAAGAGAUCACACCCGAAGCAAGAGCUCAGAUGAAGGAACUCAAACGGCUCAUCGAAACAUAUCCAAAGGAGUACGACGUAUCUCAGUUUGAGGGUGGAAGCAAGACUCUGGAAUGA